AUGGGCCAUGAAGUUGGAUUUCUUUCUGAGAUAUUGUUUCUCUAUCUCUUGCAGAAAGAUGUGAUGUCACAUAGUGAGUCUGAUAUGAAAGACAUGAACGUUGAAACUCUGAAUCAUUUUGUGGAGAUUGUGGACUUUGUAGCAGUACAAACUUGUUCAGACAAGUCGAUGUUAAAGUCGAGAGCAAGAAUGCCUAGACUUCAAUUGGGGGAAAAGAAUGAUGUUGUCUCUCGUCACCUGAUUUCGUCGCUCUCCCCAUGGGCAAUUAAACAAUAA